AUGUCUUCUUCGAACAGCGAACUUUUUCAAAAAGGCCUUCAAAACCGUCGCCAAGUGGUGGGCAAUCUCUACGUGGACCGAUCACUCGAAAACGGAUCCAGUGAAUUUGCGUUCCCUAACCAGCAGCUGGUGACAGAAUGGUGUUGGGGCAACAUUUGGUCAAGGCCAGGCCUUGAACGCAAGCAGCGAAGCUUGCUAAACAUCGGUAUGCUCAUCGCUUUGAAAAGCUGGCCAGAGCUCGGGGUGCACGUCCGAGGAGCAAUCAACAAUGGUCUCACAGAGCAGGAAAUAAGAGAAGCAAUCCUCCAAGCUUCUAUCUACUGCGGCGUACCUGCAGGAAUAGAAGCAACGAAAGUUGCUGAGGCAACUCUCAACGAUAUGCAGCAAAAGGGGGAAUAUGUGCGCCAAUUGGCUGCUAAGGCUCAUGAUGCUUGA